UGCAACAACUAUACCAACAUAACAGAACCGACUCGGUCAGUCGACACUAAGAGCGCCAAAUCUUCACUCUGUGACGAAGGCGUUUUCACCGGUAACAGCUGGAUUCGCUUCACAGGAAGCGGUGGGACCACAAUUCCAGAAUAUGCACCAGAGCCUGACCACUGUGGAACGGAAAACCCGGGCUGGGUCCAAGGUGAUCAUCCUGCCGUGGCUGAAGGGAUUGUCCAACGCGAGCUUUGCUUUCGUCUUAAUCACAAAUACUGUCAUUUCAGAUAUAAUGUAUCAAUUCGAAACUGCGGGACAUUUUAUGUUUAUAAGCCACCCGACAUCUUACAGUGCCAACUGCGCAUAUGCACUAGUGUUGGUAUGUACGCUUUUUUCGGCUACUGCCUCCGAUGGAGGCAAAGUCACAAUGUUGUUCUUUUUAAUGAGUGAGUAAGUGAGUAUAACAAUAGAAUACGAACGACCUUCGAGCCCACAACUAAGUAUGUUGAGUUUUACCCGGUAUUCCUCGCUCUUGGCUUUAAACCUCGCGGUUUCAGUAACCCUUUAACUCCCAAGAUCAGAUUGUUACUUCUCCCCUCUAGCUGCUAGACAUUUCCUUGUAAACACGUUACAAGAAUUUGGUGUUAGAUCAAGAUAAGAACUUCUACCUGAUAAGUUUGAGUAUUCGCAUCACCUAUUUGCUGGAUAGUGUUUAAAUAUUGUAGGGAGAAGUUACAUUUUAAUCACUUCUGGGAGCUAAAGGGUUAAGGUUUCCUCGCUAUGUAUACUGUUGUGUUUGACUUAUCUUAUCAUGCUUCUCAGUAAAUUUUUUUUGUAGUGUAGCACAAUGAAUAAGUAAAUUACGGAACAGACCCACGGCCACAAGAAAUUUUUUUUUGUCAAACCAAUUCCUUUCAACAGUGUCUUUUAUCACCUAAUACGUCACUCUUCCUACUUAGCGAGACUUAUCUCGACACUUAGAGCUUGAAAUUAAUUUUUUUUUGCUUUCAGUUUCUCCCAAAGUUUCUAUACCAGCUGAAUGCAGCUCUAACGUGUAUCAUGAGCUAAAUGAGUCCAACAGAUACUGGAACAGCAGUGACGGUACCCUCAACUGCGACAACAACACUAUCACCAGUGACCAGUGGUACCGCUUUACCGGAGACGCUGGAACGCUCAUGGCGCCCGAAUGCGUCCCCAUGGGGAGUUGCAACACAUUUGCGCCUGGAUGGAUCAAUGGUACUCACCCAGCAAAUGAUUACCAAUUGGUGUCGAGGAAUGUCUGUGUGCAUAUGCAAGAUAUUUGCUGCUUCAAGUCGUACCCCGUCGAUAUACGGAACUGUAGCGGCUACUACGUCUAUAAGUUAAAAUCCCCAGAUGUAUGCUAUGUUCGUUAUUGUGGCAUGAGAGGUGAGGUCUCAAAGAAAGAUGCUAAUCAUUUAUUUUGCAUGGACGUAAAACUU